AGAGGAGGAGAAGGCUACAACCUUCUGGUUUUCAUGUCAGCAUCUCCCUCCCGUCGGGCUGGGGCAUGGGCGGAGUUUGACAAAACUAAAAUAAACAGACACGCAGCAUCUUGUAUGUGCAGCCUCAGAAAGAUAGACUGCAAUAGCUAGGAGGAUAAGGACAGCUUAAAAUCUCUGGCAAGAUGAUCAAAUCCUUCAAGCAAACGUUUCUGUCCCUGGACCUGCAGUCCCCUCGGUGGAGCUCCACAGAGACGAUGGCAAAGGAUUAUGAACUGCGUCAGUAUGAGACGGCAAAGUGGGUCAGCACAGUCAUUAGGGGAGAAAGCCAGAAGGAGGCGAUGCGCCAGGGCUUCUGGAAACUCUUCCACUACAUCCAAGGGAAGAAUGAAAAAGAAAUGAAGAUUGACAUGACUGUGCCAGUGACAUGCCUGAUAAAAUCGGGCUGCACAGACUUCAAGAUCUCUUUCUUUGUGCCAUUUGAACACCAGGACUCCCCACCACAGCCCACAGACUCAGAUGUGUUUAUUGAAGAACGGAAGGCAGCAGGGAUCUUUGUCCGGUCCUUCGGUGGAUUUGCCUCCCCAGAGAAAUAUGCUGAGGAAGCUGAAGUCUUGGCCAGAAUCUUAAGAAACAGAGGCCAACCAUUCCACGAAGACUUCUUCUACACCGCAGGCUAUGACAGUCCCUUCAAGCUCUUUAACAGGCACAAUGAAGUGUGGUAUUUUAAGAAGUAAUAUGGUGGGGAGGGGAGUAUUAAGAUGCUACUAAUCAGCUCUGCAUGAAAACAAGCCUUAUUAAUGGCUUUUGCUUUAGUGCAGAAGAGAUUUAAUUUG